UCAUAAUUCAUAAUAAACAAACGCUAAAUUCCUUUUUUGAAAAUUAAAAUGUGCUUAUAUUAAAAUUUUAUUGAUUGAUGGUAAAGAAGUGUUGUGUGUGUUUGUAAUUUUCAAUUUAAUAUAAUGUGCUCUAUUUGUGAUAGGUACAUAUUUUAUAGAAUUAAUGAAGUCAUCUUCAUAACUACAUAGCACACCUCUCAUGUAAGAAAUAAGGGAAGACACCUGUUGAAGUAUUCUUAUGCGAUCAGCAGUUAUGCUCAAGUAUUUUGUAUUACUGUUCAUUUUCUAUUGUGGCUAUGUUGAACCAGCCGAAAGAAGCUCUCUAUCAUGCACCAUUCCACCUGUCGUCAGAGGAAAAUGGUUUUCUUGGGAGAGAAAAGAAACAUUCACCGAAUUCGACGCCAAUAGCAUGUCUCAAAAAGGUCGAUGUAUCGACAUGAAAGAAGAAUUCCACGUGAAUUAUACAUUUGUUUUUUCCAGUGAACAAAAUAAAUGCUAUUAUUGUGUCAAGAUACUCGUACGAACGGUGAACGUUUUGGAAAAAAUUGAGACUGGCUGUAUUUCCGUUGCCUCUAACGAACGACCUUCCGUUGAUUUAGUGUGUAAUUCGUUAAAAGAAGAUCAACAGCUAGUUACUUUAUUUUCUGAAAAUUUUGUUCCUGUUAAUUGCCGUUCUAGUUUUGAAGGAGUUUGGCAAUUCGCUUAUCAAAAUCGUUUUCGGUUUGCUGGCGAAUGUAAUAGCCCCGAUGCUCAAAUUCGAUCAUGUCAAGCCGCCGGAACACAGUUUUUAAUCACCAAUCAAAAGUUUAACAUAACUUAUAAAAAAUGUGAUGGAAUGAGUGGAACUUCCAAUGCAGUGGUGGAAUAUAGUUGUUUAGGAGAUUGGUUUGUUGAUAAGAACCACUAUAUCGCUGUUGCUAAUACUAAAGAAUCUCGAAUUGAUGAAAAAUACAGAUGUUUUUUGAAAAAUCGAGACGAUGAUCUGUACAUCGGUGUAUCCAUAACAGCUGAAUGUAAUACUCUGAAGUCACCGGAAAACAGCCCUGAAAGAUUACGUAUUACGCCAGUGAAAGCCGAAGUCGUGGAACCAGGCUGUAGGUUACCUCAGAAUUUCACUGGUGAAUGGGUAAACACAGCGAAUAUCGAUGCCGAUGUUAGUAUUAAUGAAACACAUAUCGUUGAAACGUGGUAUCCUGACGCAGGGCGUUACCGAAAAACCAUUUACGUUUGUCAGGAGCAAAGAGAUACGCGAUUUAUGAUGGCAAGAUUAACCGUUGAUGGAUGCCAAAAAGAUUAUAUAUGUUUUGAUUUUGUUCCUCGCCACCACAACAUUAUCAGAUAUAGAAAAGGAUUAGCUGUAAUCAAGAAUAAUUUCCACACUGUCUGUUCUUGGGUACAAUUUCCUAAUAGAGAAGAAUGGAAUUACGAUUUGUUCCUCGCCAAAAACCCGGUACCUGUACCUUGUCCAGUGGCUGGAAAGUAUAAAUUCAAACAAAGAGGAGACGUUCCAUUUGUAACUCGUAUUCUUGGUGGUGUUACUCAAUCUCCCCGUCCAAAUAUUUAUUGCAAAGAAAAUAUUUCCGAUUUAUCGGUUUGCGAUACCGAACAAAAAGAAAUAUGGAUUGAUGAGAAUUACUGUCUCUCUGUCGAUCAUCGUGGAAGACCGGUCGAUAUUUACAGCGACCCUGAUUAUAAAAUGAAAUGUAUUGGAUAUUGGAAAGAAAAUUUGAAAUCAUAUUUAAUUACUUAUGAUGAAUUAGAUGCAUUUACCAAAUAUCGAUGUUGGCUUUAUCAACGAUCGGAUUUGAAUAAAUUAAUGAUGUCACAAGCGAUUGGUCCAUUUUGUAGUGUCAGACAAGAUAUUACUAGUUGGAACUAUACAGAAGGAGCAGCAGUCGCUUUAGAACUACAGGAAUACGAAAGAGAAAGGGAUCAAUGUCCGAUGUUUUUUGACGACGGUGCGAAUCCUUGGAGAAACUCUGACUAUACUGUACAAAUUUUAGACGUUGGUGGUGCUAUUAAUUUAUACUCCAAGAUCUCAGUUAUAACUCUGAUAUUAAUAGGAUUAACAAGUUUGUACAAUUUAAUUUAAAUUUCAACUGGGGUUUGACGAAUUAGGCUUAGUAAAAUUUUGAACCCCAGGGCCCAGUGUACUGUAAUUUUUCCACCGUAUUUUAAAAUUUCUCAGUAGGUACUUAGAUAAAAAAGCAACUGAAUUACCGUAACUUACUUCAUUUUAAUUAGUUUAUUUCUAUAAGAUAUGUGAUCUGAAAAACGACUGGGUUUAUUGUUUAUGAUCAGUAAGUAUUAUUUAUUUUAUGAAAAAACGAGCUGUGCUUGUAAUAUCACGCAAGUGAAAAUAGAAAUAUUUUCAUUUUAUCAGUGUUCAUGAUGUUAUGUUUUAAUUUUUUUUUUUAUAUGUGAUCUAUUCAGUUAAGACGUCUUCAUAAUGACCGUAUUUAUUCAUGUUUGUAAACGUUUUGUAAUAUUAUCGGUAUUAUGUUUUUUAUAAUCUCGUCAUCUGGCCAUUUCCCAAUUUUACCAAUUUUUAAUUUACCAUACAAUUAUGAUGUAUUAUAUUGAAAGAGUAGGCCAUAUCGUGAAAAUAUUUAGAAUCAUUGAUGUUAUACGUAUUACGUAUCUGUGAUGCACAAUUUUUCCGUCCUCGAAUAAUUAUUCGACUUUUUUAUUUUUGAUAUUGAUAAUUAUUUAAGUUAAGUUAAUGUCCGCCCAUGUGCAGCAGUAAUUCAAAGACAUUAUUCGAAAACCACUAGUGAUAUCAUGUAAUAGAAUCUCGAAUGAUUUCAAUCGUACAUAAAACGUUGAUUUUUUCACUCCCUUAAUUAUUUUUUGGCUAAAAGUUGUUUUAGAAUAAAGUCUGCAUUAGUGUUUUCAUGACAUUCCAGAUACAUUUAAGCGAUUUUCCCGUAGUGCAACAUCUUAAAUUUUGAAAAUUCGAUACGUUAUUUUAUUUAUUAUCUGCUGUGAACAUACAUUAUAUACUUACGUUUUAUACACUUUUAAUUGUUAGUUUAUACACUUUUUUCAAUCUAGUUUUUUUGUACGAACAUUUGUAAUAAAAAUAGAAAAUAUG